ACCAUGUUUGCGCCGGUGAACCUCACGGCUCCAGAAGCGUCCAACCUGUCAGCCGCUGACCCCCUCGGCCUGCAGGAGCUCACCCACCGGACUGUCAAGAUCAGCAUCAUCGCGGUCCUGGGCGCCGUGAUCACUCUGGGAAACGUGGCGGUGCUCCUGGUGAUCAGUUCGUCCGUGGCUGGAUGGUCGAGGAACUCCCGGUACUUCCUCCUGUCCCUCACCGCCGCGGACUCGGCGUUCGGGCUGCUCGUCAUGCCGUUGAAUCUGCUGGUGAGCCUGCUGAAGGACUACACGGAGGGCCCGGACGCGCUCUGCCACGUCGUGGCCUUCUGCAACUCCACCGUGUACUCCACGUGCAUGUACACCCUGGCCUCGAUCAGCCUGGAGAGGUACAUCGCCGUGUUUUACCCCCUGCAGUACUCCACCCUGCUGACCAGGAAGAGGACGCUGCUCCUGAUCGCCUUCUCCUGGUGUUUCCCGCCGUUCCUGCUCAUGCCCAUCUCUUUCCCUCAAGGCAUCAUCGAGGUUCACUUCUCCACCGCGUCGCUCGUCUGCAACCCGUCCUACUCCACUAACGUCGGGUACAGCCUCAGCUUGACGUGCUUUAUCUUUUUCCCGUGCUCGAUCGUCAUGACCUACGCGAACCUGAGAGUCUGGUGCGCUGCGAAGAGGCAGAGACUCAAACUGCGCAAAUUCGACAGCGCGCGCAGCAGCCGACCCAACGUGGCUGCCAGGGUGCUCGUGCCUGUGAUGGCAGCCUACUACACCUGCUGGACCCCCUGCAUGGCCGUCAUGAUCUACAAUGCAGUCUCGGGCAGCAGCGUACCGGAGUGGAUUGAGUUUGUGGUGGUGUGGCUGCCAACCUGCAACGGCUUCCUCAACUGCAUCUUCUACUUCUGGAUAAACCAAAGCUUUCGGCGGAAAUUCCGCCUGGUGGUCCAGAGGAUGGCUCUGGCCGCCUGUCCUGAACUGGCCGGCACCCUCGGGUACUGCGGAAAUUCAAAGACCCAGUUUGUAUCAGGAAUUCUCGACAACAACAACGGCAUCCACGAGCGGUCCUCCAGUGUGUCCUCCACCUGCACCCUGCUGAGCUUGGCUUAG